AUGGCACAAAUCAAGGAUGCCUUCCGGCGGUUUGAUGCGGAUAGCUCCGGACACUUGGACCAGAACGAGUUCAAGUACCUGUGCGCCUACAUCGGCUGGGGCGAGGAGGAGGCACAGGCCAUGAUCAUGGACCUCGACCAGGAUCAGAAAGAGUUCCAGCUCUUUGUGGGCCACAUGGGUGGCCUUCAGCAGCUUUUUGAAAAUCGCCGGAAGCGUGUGGCCAACAAGAACUGGGGUGAGGACCCGCCGGCCGUUGUCGAAGUUCUGGAGAUGAACGUGAUGCCAGAGAAUGGGAUCAGGCUUCUCUUCGGCUUUGGGGAGGACAAGUCCGAGCGACAGGUGGUGCCCCCAAGCUGGAUAUUCUAUGACAGCCGCGACAGCGAAGUGGUCGCUGCCCUGAGGGAGGUUGGCAUCCUCGAGGAGCAGCAGGCCUUCUGGGCCUCCAUCUUCCCCCAGUCGGAGAUGCGCGCGGUCGCCAAGUUGGUGCCCUGCCAGCGGCAGGCCCUGGCGCACGUGCGGGCGAAUGCCUCGGUCAACCAUGACAAGGCCCUCGUCAGCGUCCGCCAGCGCUUCGCCGAGCUCGGCUACGGCGAGGAGCAGCUGCAGGCAGUCCUUGGCUGGAUCCAGGAUCUGGCGCCCAUGUGCGUCCAUGUCCACAUUGACAACGUGGGCCGAUUUCUGGAAACGGAUGAGUUCUACCGAAAUCAGUUCGAGACUGGAACCUCGUGCGGCGCGUUGGACGAUGGCAACGUGAUCCGGAAGGGCUGGGAGAAGGAGCUCUUCGGUGGCUACUACGACGAGGCAAAACCCUUCGAGCGGUGCAAGUACGGCGCGCUGAGUGUGAUGAACGACUACCGGGGUGUCCUCAGCGCCUACCAGUAUGGAGACUCCUACUUGGUCCUGAAGGAUGUGCGACUGCGGACGACCUUUGCGGCAACGGACUCUGGCGGAAUUGCAGGCUCCCGCCUGGCUGUGCUGGACAAGUACGCGCACGUCCUGGAGGAGUACAGCGACUCCGAGCUCUCGGAGCUGAUCGAGGUGGCAGUGGCGAACACGUCCAUGAACGACACCGGAGGCCUCCAGCCGAAGAUGCUCCGGGGGAUGUCGGCGGACUGCGGCGGCGAGUGGAUCACGGUGGGCUUCCCGGACUUGCCGCAGAAGAAGGGCUGCUACUACUUCGAGGUGGAGCUGAACCGUGGGUGCAUGGCCCCUCAGGUCGGCUUUCUGUCGAACAGGUUCGUCAUUGCGCCGAAGACGGCGGGCUACACCGGCGGAGUUGGUGACGACGACGAUGGCUGGGCGGUGGACGGGCAGCACGCACUCCGAUGGCAUUCCGGCAACAAGAUGCCCUGGAACAGGUAUUGGCCUUCAGCCGCCCACAACCCAAAGCAGCUGGAGCGCGACGUGGUCGUAGGCCUGGCCAUCGACGUCGACUCGCGCAUGAUCUGGGUGGCCUCCGAUGGGGAGUGGGAUGACGAGAAGACGCCGACCUUUGGACCGGAUGCGAUCCCGAAAGGCCUGGCCUUCUACCCGGCCAUGUCUCUGCGGGGCAGGGCCUCUUUCAACUUCGGCCCGAACUUCAAGAACAAGGCUCCUGUUUUCGGGCGCCGGUCCUUCGCCAGUUGGCCCGGCAUGCCCGAUGGCAAAGUGCGGGCGGAUGUGCCGAUCAUUGGCGAUGAGAACAACGUCGGCAUCUACAAGGAGAUUCAGAUCCAUGGCGAGGUGAGCUUGAGUAACAACGUGCAGCGCCUCGUCGCCAACCGCAAGUACUUGGAUCGCAGCAAGGAGCAGCGGUCUUGGGGUUUCUUCAUCGACAACCUGGGCGCCGCCGAAGGCAGCUAUGGGCGCACGGGUGCUGAGAAGGGCAUGCCGGUCUUCACCCAGAGGACGGGCGGGCAUAAGUUGCUUCACGACGCCUCCAAGAAAAUCUGGAAGGUGGUUCAUCCCGACCGCCCAGAUGAAGCCAUCGCGCAGGCCCCCGCCAAGGACGGCCAAAUCGACCCCCCGCGUGAUGGCUGGGAAGUGCCCGAGGAGAUGCGCGGGUACGUGCCCCAGGACAUCUUCCAGCAGGGAAUGAAGGAAGCAGGAAUCAGCGAUGCUGACUGCAAGAAGCUCGUGGGCGUCCUGGGCAAGGAUGGCAAGGUUUGCCGCUUCCGUGGCAAGGCCAGCUUUCACGAGGAGUGGUCCAAGUUGAGCUCCGAGAAGAAUGCGGAGGAGGCAUGGGAGGCGUGCGUCACAGUGGUGCAGAACAAGCUGCUGAAGGAUCAGGGCAUCCCCAAUGGACAAGUGGUAGAGACACUCCAUCCCUAUCCUGCAAAGAGUCAUAGCUGGACCAAGAGCGUCAAGUUCGAGAACACCAAGAAGCUGGAGGUGACCUUUGCGGACAACUGCCAGACAUACGACAGCUGCGCCUAUCUGAGCACCUGGCCCUGGAUCUACUGGGGGCAGGGACCUUUUCGGAGCUUCACGGAUGGCCGUGCCUAG